UCCCCUUCUGGGCAACGCUGUGCGCUCUCGCAGCGAGCCGCGCACCUCGCUCUCCCCAGACCCCGACCCCGAGGAGUCGGGCAGGCCACAAGGGGCGAGGCCUACGGGCCUCACUCCCACCCGCCCGGAUCCCGGGCUGGAAGUCCCUCCCCGAAGUCUGCUGCAGGCCUGGGAGGGAGAGGGUAGAGGACGGCCUCACCUCUCGGAGGGAUGGAGGGGAUGGAGGCCGAAGCUGCCCGCCACAGCCCUCCAGAAUCCAAGACUUGGGACAGAACAGCCAGCCCCAUGCAGGUAACAUCCGCUGUACCACAACUGGCUAAUAGAGCCCUCCCAAGACCCUGGCCAUGCCCUCAGGAAGCCAGAACACCCAACUGGAUGACUCCUCAGCCCCCCAGAACACAGGAGCUACAAAAGCCCUCUGUGCUGCAGUCUAAAGUGAGGGCUUUGAAGGAGAUGACAGCAAGUAAACAGGGUAAAAGCCCUAAGACAUCCAAAUGCCGACAAGUCAAGACCAAAGGAGUCCAGAGCCCUCCAGAAGGCUCUCCCCUGCCAGAUGCUGUGCUGGUCCCCCAUGCUGAGAACCUCACUGAUGGGCAGCUGGACCGCUGUGUCAAUGAAGAGCAACCCUCCAGGAAUGGGGGACUUGGGCCUCCCAAGUCACUUGACCCUGGGCUUAAGUGCUGGAAUGGUCAGAGCGUGUGGCCUCCAGAAGCAGCAUGGAUAUUGUGUGAACAUGAGAGGAGUCUGCUUCUAGGGUCCAGCUCUUUGCAAGACAGCCUCAUCCACAGAGUUACUCCAGGUCAGCGAGAAGCGUCUAGUCCUUGUAAAGUCACCCAUGUACCCAGCCUGACAAAAGAAAGGCCAUAUCUCCUUGAAAACCAUCUGGCUACAGGGAGAGACCUGGAUAGCACGUGUUUGACCUCUGAGAAGGACUUAAACCCUAGGGCAGUCCCACAGGGGACCCUCUGGAGAGCUGGAGAGCUGGGAGCUUUGGGCCCAGGGGAUAAUGCUUUGUCCCUGUCUGACCAAGUAGAGAAGAACCGUCUUCUGCUGCAGGAGAUGCUCAAGGUCUCUGGACAGAGUUUCUCCAAGGUGGUAACCCCAGCCUGGACUCCAUCCUUGGACAGAACUCUAUCAGAGCGAUCAGCAGGGGACAUGGACUUAGACUCAGGAAACUCCCUACAGGACUCAGACCGGAACAGGACCUUUGGUUCCAAGCCGGAGCCCAUGCUGAGUGCCAAGCAUGAGGAAGCCAAGCAUCUGCUGCAGCACGCCCGCAUGAAGGCCAGGACCCGGCCCCUCCGUGCCAGCCAUGAUAUUGUGCCCACCAUUGCUCAGGGCAUCCGAGAUGAGCCAAGAAACCCGGCCCAGGACCCCAGGAUGACCUGUAGUGACAGCCUCCAGAAUGGGACCGUGAGUGACUGCUCCAGCGGGGCCUCCAGCGGACAGGGGCCCAAGCCGGACAGCCUCGUGUCGCAUGUCCGAUUUGAGGACGAGUCUGCCGGUGAAGCCGAGGUCCGCUAUCUGGAGCGGCUGCAGCAGCGCCAGCGGCGGGUGCUGAGCACGGUGCUGCGGAAGGUGGGCCAGGGACCCCUGCACUCCAAGCCUGACCUCACCCACUACAUCCGCCGGGACUUGAGUGAGGGCCGCCUGGAUGUCAGUGGCCACUCAGUGCCACCGCCCGCAUGGGACAGUGAUAGAAAGUGCCCGGCCUGUGGCAGCUGUCUUCAGGAGGGUCACCCGGCUGAGGAGAAGGCGACCUCCAACUGGAGGAAACCCCAGGGGUUCCAGGUUGCUGAUGGGGUGGAGGGGCUACUGCCAGAGCCCCAUAAUUCCCAUGGCCUGAACUCCCCAUUCCCAUUCCUCCCUGCCCAGCCGGGGCUCCACACAGAACGGAUCCGGGAAACACACAUUGGGGACACUGCCACCUGCCCUGAGGACGCAGAUGCUGCCCUGCACAGCAAGGAGGUGGGGACCUCUCAGCCCAGCAGGACAGGUGUGCUGACCCGAGGGAACAGCCCUGGGCAGCGGCCUCACGGAGGUCACCGGUGGUCCAGGAGGGUGAAGAUGGAGCAGCCCUGGACCCUUCAGGCCCAGCCUCACCUGCCUGGGGUUGCUGAUGUGGAGAGGGGAGAUGAGCUGAAAGGGGACAGAGCUCACUCUCCCAAGGGGACUGAGUUUCGGAGAGAAGAUGCUGUUCCUAAGCCCCCUGUCCUGGAACCUCAGAGGGCCCCCCCAGGGUCCCAGAGGCCUCCUAAACUGGAGCUUGGAAGUCACCGAACUCACGCUGCGGACUGUACUCCAUGCAAGACAGCCUGUGCCACAAGAUCACUUGCCACGAACAUUGGGCUCUCAGGGCCGGGCAGGCCAGACCAAGUUAUAGACAGCCACAAACCUCUGGAGAUUGCCUGUGCUUCUUCCCUGCCACACAGCCCGACAGAGCCCUCUGCCCCACAGCCUGCCCAGCAGCUGUCUGCUUCCCUCUCCCCUCCUCCUGUGCCUCACAGGAAGUCAGCCCUGGCCGGACCCCGCAGGCCAGGGGGCCAAGCCCAACCUGUGGAUCUCACCCUGCCUCAGUCUCCUCCAAGAACUGUGGCUCAGGCCUGCGGACCUCAGGUCAGGAACCCACAGCCGGGCCCAUCUACCAACAACCACCUUCCGCCGGGGCUGCAGGAGCCCCAGAGAACAGCCGUCCAUAAAAGCAGGGUGGAGAGGAGCCCCUGCAGCCCGGAUCCAGAGCUGCCCCUGGAGAGCAGUGUUAACGGAGGACUCCGGGGCUCCCCAGGCUCAGCAGAUGUUGCCACCGUCAACUCCACGGGCAUCACCCUCUCCCUAGCCCCAGAGGAGCCUGAGUCUAGUCAGGAACUGGAAGGAGUUCUACAGAGGAUGGAGCCCAGUUCUGGAGGACAUGUGCCACCUGGAGCACCACCAGGGGCCAGAGCAGAGCCCAGGCCACCCUCAGCUGCCCCUUCUGACGGGAAAAAGAAAAGAAGCAACAGCAUUGUCUCUGCCCUGGGGCUGAAAAAACUUUUCUCAGCCUUGGGUCAUACUUCGCAGCCCAAGAUGGGCAAAUCUCGUAGCUACAGUAUGGAGCAGCUGCAGCCCAUGGCGCCAGGCCCAGCUUCACACACCAGCACCCCUAAAGUGAAGAGAGUCCCGUCAUUACAAUCCCUGCAUCUGAACCUCCAUUCUCUGCUGGGCAGCAAGGGAGACCGGUCCAAUGUCUACCUGGUAGAGGAACCCGGGGACCCCAACACACCUGGCAGGUCAGCCAAGGGCCCUCCCCGGCGCACGCUCAGCGUGGAGGAUGUGGGCGCCCCCAGCCUGGUUCGCGCCGUGGGCCGGGUGGCAGAGGUGUUUCCAGAUGGCACAAAUCAGUUGCAGCUGCAGCGCCCCCGUGAGGGCACCUUUGGCUUCUGCGUGGCUUAUGGGAAUGGGCGUCGGGACUCAGGGCUCUACGUGCAGGAGAUGGCCGACCUGGACACUGCCAAGCUGUACUCAGGACUGCUUGGGGUGGGGGACGAGAUUCUGGAGGUGAACGGGGCCAAGGUGGCUGGGCUGGGUCUGUCUCACAUUCAGGAGCUGCUAGCCCACUCGGAGAGCUUAUCAGUCCGUGUCCUGAGGCAGAGGCCUGUCCCGCGGUGACCCAGAGGCCUCCCCUCCCUGUCCCCCUGACCCCGUCCCAGGUCGGAGGUGCCUGGGGAAUACCCUGCGCACUGCUGCUUUGUGGACCA